UGCAGCAUCGUCUCAGCGCAUGGAACGAAACACGCGACACCAGCGCUGAUCGAGGAGGGCGUCUCACCUCAUCAUCAUCAUCAUCAUCAUCAUCAUCAUCAUCAUCAUGGCGAGCCUCCUUCUCCGCCUAUGCCUCCUCGUCAUCCUGCCCCGGUCGGGGCUCGCCCUGCUCGGCUUCCGUCCGGAGGAAACCGGCCCGGAGCUCUCCGUGCAGGACGGGGUACUGAAAGCCACCGAGGGGACGCGCUUCACGCUCCGGGUCUAUUACUCCAGACCCCCGCAGCACAAGCUCAACCGCACGCGGGCCACCAGCGCGGCCCCGUGGAUCGCCUUCAUCGAAGAGCCCGGAACCGAGGUGCCCCCGCCGCCGCAGCUGCCGCCGCCGCGCCCGGGUCUCCGUCUCCAUGCGCGCAACAUGUGCGCGGACAAGAGCGCGCGCACGUCCGACAUCGAGGUGCUGGGCUCGUUCAAGUCGACCUCCAGCCGCAACUCGGUCCUCGUCGAGCUGCUGGCCAAGGAGCUCCGGGACGGGGAGAGCAUCAAGUUCUACUCGAUGUGCGCCUUUGACGGGUCCAAGUGGGAGCACCACCGCACUCGGGACUUCUGGGUGGCCGUCGCCGAGCGCUCGGGGGAGGCGCCCGAGCUUUGGAUCCAGGUUUUGGUGUCGCUGCUCCUGCUGGCUCUGUCGGCGCUCUUCGGCGGCCUCAACCUCAGUCUACUUGCGCUGGACCCGGUGGAGCUGCAAGUUCUGCAGAACAGCGGCACCGACCGGGAACAGCGCUACGCCCGCAAGAUCGAGUCGGUGCGCCGCCACGGCAACUACGUGCUGUGCACGCUGCUGCUGGGCACGGCGCUGAUCAACGCCUCGCUGGCGGUGUGGACGUGCCGCAUCCUGGGCAUGACCUGGCUGUCCACGGCCACGUGCGCGCUGGGCAUCUUCCUGGUGGGCGAGAUCCUGCCGCACUCGGCGGCCUCGCGCCACGGCCUGGCCAUGGCGGCGCGCAGCAUCUGGCUGACGCGCCUGCUCAUGCUGCUCUCCUUCCCCGUGUCCUACCCGCUCAGCAAGCUCCUGGAUCUCAUCCUGCACCAGGAGAUCUCCAACUUCUACACCAGGGAGAAGCUGCUGGAGAUGCUGCGCGUCACCGACCCCUACCACGACCUGCUCAAGGAGGAGCUGAACAUCAUCCAGGGGGCGCUGGAGCUGCGCAGCAAGACAGUGGAGGAGGUGCUGACCCCGCUGGGCGACUGCUUCAUGCUGGCCGCCGACGCCCUGCUGGACUUCAACACCGUGACGGAGAUCAUGCGCAGCGGCUACACGCGCAUCCCCGUCUACCGCGAGGCGCGCGCCGACAUCGUGGACGUGCUCUUCGUCAAGGACCUGGCCUUCGUCGACCCCGACGACUGCACGCCGCUCCAGACCGUCACGCGCUUCUACCGCCGCCCGCUGCACUACGUCUUCAGCGACACCACGCUGGACGCCAUGCUGGAGGACUUCAAGAAAGGCAAAUCUCACAUGGCCAUCGUUCAGCGCGUGAACAACGAGGGCGAGGGCGACCCGUUCUACGAGGUCAUGGGCAUCGUCACGCUGGAGGACGUCAUCGAGGAGAUCAUCAAGUCGGAAAUCCUGGACGAGACAGACCUCUACACCGACAACCGCAGCAAGCGUCGCGUUUCUCGCCACGAGAGGAAGCCGCAGGACUUCUCCAGCUUCAAAAUGGCCGACCACGAGCUGAGAGUCAACAUUUCCCCACAGCUCCUGCUGGCCACGCACCGCUUUCUGUCCACAGAGGUGGAUCCCUUCAAACCGCUUUACAUCUCUGAGAAGAUCUUGCUGAGGCUCAUCAAGCAUCCCAGCGUUGUCCAGGACCUGGAGUUAGACGACAAAGACAAACAUUCGCCCGAGAACUUCCUGUUCCAAAGAAACAAAGCGGCAGACUACUUUGUCCUGGUGCUGCAGGGUCGAGUGGAGGUGGAGUUUGGCAACGAGCGUCUCAAAUUUGAAAAUGGAGCCUUCUCCUAUUUUGGGGUUCCUGCCAUCGUGCCGGCAGACUCCAGGUCGCCGUGUCGCUCCGAGUCCGAGGGCCGCUCCGUGGGCCAGCUCAACGGGGGGGGCAACGUCUACGUGCCCGACUACUCCGUGAGACAGCUAACGCCCCUGCAGAUCGUCAAGAUCAGCAGGAGCUGCUACCGCGAUGCGCUCGGCGCCUCCAAGAUGGACACCUCGCCGCAGACGCCCGAACCCCUCACGGCCGAGCCAGAGAUGGGGGCGGCGGCAGCGGGCGCCACGCUGAUGCCGCCGCUCCGGGAGCCGGGUCGACACCUGGCCGCCGGCACGGGAGGACGCCAAGCCGAGUGUGGCCUCCAAGCCCAGUGUGGCCUCCAAGCCGAGUGUGGCCUCCAAGCCGAGUCUGGCCUCCAAGCCGAGUGUGGCCUCCAAGCCGAGUCUGGCCUCCAAGCCGAGUCUGGCCUCCAAGCCGAGUCUGGCCUCCAAGCCGAGUCUGGCCUCCAAGCCGAGUGUGGCCUCCAAGCCGAGUCUGGCCUCCAAGCCGAGUGUGGCCUCCAAGCCGAGUCUGGCCUCCAAGCCGAGUCUGGCCUCCAAGCCGAGUGUGGCCUCCAAGCCGAGUCUGGCCUCCAAGCCGAGUGUGGCCUCCAAGCCGAGUCUGGCCUCCCUCACAGCACCACUGUGCUCGAGCGCAGAAACGGCAUCGUCAGGAGCAAGUCGGACGGCCAAACGAGUCCCGGCCAUUCGGUCUUCCUGCGGCUGGACGAGAUCCCUUCCGUCCGAGAUGCCGCCGCCGAUGUGGCCAGCAUUCCCACGGUAACAGACAAGCCUCCUUUCAUCAGCGGCGGUCAGUGGGUCAGCGCCUCCGAGGGAAACAAACUCCCACUUAAACUCAGCCACAGGAAGAGACAAAAGUCAGGAGAAGACGAUGAAGCAGACGAGCCAGAAGACCAUUUGAUAAGGAAACACCGUGAAACAGAACAGGAGGAGAGUUCUGAGGGCUAGCUUAGCAACUGGCUGACCGAGACGAUUUGGU